AUGGCACUGAAAUUUGAGAAACAACAAUAUGUGAGGAGGAAACGCGAAAAAACCAAAAGAGAGCUUUAUCCCAACGAGAAAGUAGAGGUAAGGAGUGAGGAAGACGGAUUUCAGGGCUCAUGGCACCCGGGAACUGUCAUUGCAUGUAGUAGGCAAGGCAUGGACUUAAAAUAUGAAGUUAAAUACGACCAUAAACUUAAUAAUGAUGAAUCUGACUAUCUUGUUGAUCAAGUGUGUGUUUCCCUUCCAGUUGAUGGCACUGAUUUUGCCAAUGAGGACUGGUGUAACUAUGGUGGCCUCAUUAGGCCAGCAGCACCACCGUUUCAGUUUGGCAAAUAUGGUCUUCCUUGUGGAAUGUGUGUGGAUGUGCAUUACCGAAAGGCUUGGCGGGAAGGUGUGAUUUUUGAUUACGACGAUGGUUCAGAGGAGAGGAAGGUAUUUUUCCCUGAUUUGGGCGAUGAAAUUAUGGCAAGUAUCAAUAAGGUAAGGGUCACUCAGGAUUGGAAUGAAGUCGAUGGGACUUGGGGGCAACGUGGGACCUGGUUUUUUCUUGUGUUGAUUGAGAAAUACAAACAAAAGCAAUACAUUCCUGUUUCUACAACAGCAGGAAUUCCUGUUCUCAGUUCUAUAAUCAGCGAUGAAGGUUUUUCUAGCUCCAAUUCCAAUAGACUCAUUUGGUCAUCUUCGGGUUCAACAUGCAUCCAAAGUGGUGGGCUGCCUGCUGGCUCAGACAUAGUUCCUGGACCUGAAUUUUGCCCAGAUGCCACUAUCAAAUAUGCAAAAAUGGGCAACAAAAGGCUCGGGAGUACUCUAAUCAAUGAUGUGAGGAAGCAUCUUUUAUAUCAGAGGCGGAAAAUUGAAUUCAUGAGAGAUAAAGGCAUACCUAGACUGCGUUACGCCUCACCUGAUGGGAAGCUGUACUCUUCCCUUUGCCAAGUUUGUCUAGAUUUUAGUGAAACUGACAGAGGGAUUCUUUCUACACCCUCUGAAGGUAAGCAGAGCAGUUUGCAUACUUCUUGUGGUGAUUCAUCAUCUCUUAUUGAGCAAACACCAGAGAACUGGGAUCCUUAUUGUUGCUCUAAACCUGUGAGUACUUCUAAUUCUGAAGUAGUUGUUUAUGAACCUGAGUAUUGUCCUGAAGCAAUUGUGGAAUGGUGCAAUCGCUGGUGUAAGCAUGGAUCUGGGAAGAGAUCCUGGGGAAAGCUUAAGAAAGCUGAUAUGGCACUAAGAGCUAGGAAGCACCUUGCAGCCCUGGGAUGGGUCUUUGGUCAUAAAAAAUUUAAUGGGAAGUGCCAACUUUAUCAUCGUUCUCCAAUGGGGAGGACAUACUGGUCACUACGACAAGCCAUCAAAGACAAUUUAGAUGAAGGAACUGAUAUUUCUAGAGAUGUGGAAAUGGAAAAUGUCAGUGACAUAGUUGAGGGACAAUUUUCUUGUGAAAAACUAUCUUCUGCAAUUUGUAGAACGGAUUUUCAGAAGUUAAAAAACAGUUCUAAAGAGUCUUCUUGCAUAUCACAGUGCAGAAAACAUCAUGAGCUUCACAAAAUAAGUGUUCAAACGACUAGAAAGGCACGAAGGAAAAGAAAGGAUAGUUUACAUGUUGAAACCCAUUCAGAUGUCCAAAACGGAAGCUGCCCAAAGUCAAGAAGAGGGAUUACAUCUAAAGCUUUGAUUAAACUACAAAAUGAUAAGAAACAUACUAUGCCGGUCCGUGUGCGACGAUCAAGCAAAAGAGUGCAGCAUGUGGUAGCUCCUGACCCAUCAAAUCAUAAACCUCGAACUGUGUUGUCUUGGUUGAUAGACAAUAAUAUUGUCUUGCCAUGGACAAAAGUACAUUAUGGUAGCCGAAAGGACAGCAAUCGAGUCAUGGAAGGGCGCAUAACUCGUGAUGGGAUCAAGUGCAGUUGUUGUGGGAAGGUUCACACCCUUAGUGGCUUUGAACUUCAUGCUGGCAGCAAAUCUGGCAGGUCAGCUACUAGCAAAUACUGCAAGCCAGCUGCCAGCAUCUUUCUAGAUGAUGGGAGGUCUCUGCUAGAAUGCCAGAUACAAAUGAUGCGUGAUGAGAAGAUGAGUAAUCGCAAGGCAAAAACACCUUAUAGUUUGAAGGGAAGUUGGGAUCAAGCUGAGAAUGAUAAUAUAUUUUUGGGCCUCCAAAAGCUUCUAGGAAAGCCAAUUCCAGUGGGUGUGGACAAUCUUACUUGGACGUUAUUCAAGUCUAUGCAGUCUGAUAAUCAUAAAUUUGAUGCUUCUGAUAAUGAGACCCUGGUUGAGACCUACAGCAAGCUCAACAUCGCACUGGAUGUGAUGCAUGAAUGUUUCGAGCCCGUUGAGGAACCUUGCACCAGGAGGGAUCUUAUGCAAGAUGUUAUUUUUAGUAUUGGAUUUGUCACUGGUCUUUCUAGGUCAGAACUUAACCGUUUGAACUUUCAAGGGUUCUACACCAUACUUUUGGAGAAGAACGAUGAAUUAAUUACUGUGGCUACUGUAAGGAUUUAUGGAGACAAUGUGGCAGAAAUACCGCUUGUUGGUACUAGAUUCCAAUAUCGGCAACUUGGAAUGUGUCGCAUUCUAAUGGAUAUGCUCGAAAAGAAGCUCAUGGAAUUAGGAGUUCAGAGACUGAUUUUGCCUGCAGUUGCUGUUGUCCUAAACACAUGGACUAGUUCUUUUGGAUUUUCAAAGAUGACGGACUCUGAGAGAUUGCAGUUCGUAGAUCACACGUUCUUGAAUUUUCAAGAUACCGUCAUGUGCCAGAAACUGUUAAAGAAGUUGCCUUCUGCUCAGACAAGCCCAUCGAAAGAAAUCGAACCUACACUUCUUGAUUAUGUUUAUGGAAGUGGUAAAAGCAUUGGGGUCAAUGGGUCUUGUCCUGUCUCUGAAGUACUUCAUACAGAUCAAAAUGAGGAUGGCAGAAUCCUGGGACAAGGACUGGUGGAUGUUGCUGCAAGCAAUAUUAGUGAUGGCAUCAAACGGCCUGUUCAUGACAUAGUUGUGGUUAACCAACCAAAUCAUCCUGAAUGUGGACCCUGCAAUAGAAAAAUCAAUGAGGCCUUGGUUGAGGAUUCCAUUUUUAAGAAGGAUGGUAGAGUUGGUGAUAAUGGUUCAAGCAUUCUUAAACACGAAAGAUAUUGGGGUAACGUGGGUGACUUGAAAAUAUCUAGUGAAAAGAGGCUCUCAUUGUUGGUGUAUGCCUUUUAUGCAUAG